CACUUUCAAAGUGAACUUAAGACAACUGCACAUGGCUAUGUUGAGACUGUCUUUGGCUUUCAGAUGACUGGUAAGAUAGCUGUGAAGAAGCGCAACCGUGCACUUGCAGAGAAGCUCUUAAAGAAUGAUGCUUUUGUCUAUCGGAAACUCGGAGACAUGAAUAACCACUAUAAGGGGCUUUAUCAACAUCGGAUCAUCCAGUUGAUUAUCAAUAGAGUGUGGUUCAAGGACAAGCAGGAUGAUGGCAUUGUUCUGGACAAAGUAUAUCACCCAUUCCCUUUUGUGGCAUUCGCCAUUGUUCUGACAGCUAUUGAGUGCACUAUUGAUGAAUGGGUUAGCGGCACAUGA